CUCCCACCUCGUCCAUCCUCUCAUCACAAUGCGAUAGUCAUGGAUCCCGCGACGACACCGAUCGAUGUCUCCGCCUCCGCCGCCAAGCGCAAGCGAAGUCCCUCUGUGGGCGCCGUCUCCGCGCCGGCGGCAAAAUCUGCAAAGACCAGCAGUCAAUUGAGCAUCAAUUAUCUCGCUCGCCAGUCUCAAGAGGACCUACCACUCAUCAACAAGGACGACACGCUUCAAAAUUUGCUACAUCUCUUAUCCGCCUAUGGGAAUAUACUCGACCGCCAUGAGUCGUUGGCAUCCAACUUGGGCGCACGUCCGCUGGGUCCUAUCCUGAUCAAGCGCUUCGAACGCUGCUUCGAGUCUCCGCCGAAGAUAGUAGCUUCGCAUUCAAAGGGCGCUUCUGGCAAUUCCGACGACACCUCGCACCAGAUCACGUGGCUCGAGGUCAUUGAAUUCGCACGAUCACAUCCAGGCCAGUUCACAUUGAGCACAUUCUCCGAGGGCAGGAGGGUCUGCCAAUUCUACUAUCCUCAAAAGCAGUUGCGCGUGCAGAUCUCCGAAGAAGACUUCCUAUUCAUCAACAGUGGGCGUUGUCAAGAGCUGAUUCCACCGUUGCCGAUCUGGGAGGAUGAAGAGAAGGAAGUGGGCACUUGCGAUGUGCUGGAGGCGAAAUUGAAAGAGCUCACAAACGCGGCGGACAUGGUGGCUGCACGGACAAGACAGUUGAGCCAUCGACUCAAAGGCCGGAGAGCCGCGAUACUGGAGAGAAGGGCGGAGGGAGGAAGCGGGACACCGGCAAAAGCCAAUGCGCUGCAGACCACCACUGCGCCGACGUCAGCAGCAAUCUCAAACGCGUCAUCUUUGUCUCCUGUCCCGCCGAAUCUUCUCCACGACUCGCUCCCAUACUCGACCUCUGCGAACAAGCCGACAUAUUCCAGCAAUCAGACCAAUUCUUACGCACACCGGCCGUCGUCCAGCAUGGGCCACCACAGCUACAGUGGAGGUCACGCGCCGCUCAAGCACAAUUUCAGUCGUCCUCUUCCUCCUGCGCUUGAAAGCAGUCAGCCAUUCAGGCCACUUUGCCAAGCCCAUAUGGACGGCCUGCCUCGCGGCGACCGUGUCUUGCCACCUUGCGAUCGAUGCAGACGCCUGCGCAUGGAUUGCAUCAAGAACCUCACGUCAUGCGCAGGCUGCACUCGAAAGCAUGCCCGCUGCCAUUGGCGGGAUGUCAGUCGCGACGAGCUUGGCGCAUUGGACCAUCUGAUGGAUGCU